AGCCGCCUGACAUUAUAUCCCCCUUCCUUACACGGAUCAUCAUCUCUCUCUCUCUCUCUCUAGUCAGAAGUUUCAAAGUUUGUGACUUUUUAGCAAGGCAAAGUCUUUUCUUAAUUAUACAAUGCAUAGCCCAGCCCAACCCAAACGCGACUUGGGUUCAGCUCUAUGACUUCUUCAAACUUAUAGAUACUCUGCUUUAUUAUGUCCUGACUGUGAAACUACUAGUGGGGGGCAACCAGCACCAGCAGAAGAAGAGAAGAAAAGAGAGUUGUCAAGUGUGGGAAAAGGAUAAGAGAAUUGUGUUGUAGUCUUUUUUUGUUGUUGUUGGUCUAUUGAUUAUCUUAUGAGUACCAUGGAACGUUAUGAGAUUGUGAAAGAUAUUGGGUCUGGAAAUUUUGGUGUGGCAAGGCUGGUCAGGGAUAAGGGGACAAGAGAGCUUUUUGCUGUUAAGUUCAUUGAAAGAGGCCAGAAGAUUGAUGAACACGUGCAAAGGGAGAUCAUGAACCACAGGUCAUUAAAGCAUCCUAAUAUUGUUAGAUUCAAAGAGGUACUUCUAACUCCAACUCAUCUAGCCAUUGUGAUGGAGUAUGCUGCUGGUGGAGAGCUCUUUGAAAGAAUAUGCACUGCUGGUAGAUUUAGUGAAGAUGAGGCAAGAUUUUUCUUUCAACAGCUAAUAUCAGGAGUCAGUUACUGUCAUUCAAUGCAAAUAUGUCAUAGAGAUCUUAAACUUGAAAAUACUCUUCUAGAUGGCAGUGCAGCUCCCCGAGUGAAAAUAUGUGAUUUUGGCUACUCAAAGUCAUCUGUGCUGCAUUCUCAGCCAAAAUCUACUGUUGGCACACCAGCUUACAUUGCACCUGAGGUCCUGUCUAAAAAGGAAUAUGAUGGAAAGAUUGCAGAUGUUUGGUCUUGUGGGGUAACCUUAUAUGUGAUGUUAGUGGGUGCUUAUCCUUUUGAGGAUCCAGAAGACCCAAGAAACUUUACAAAAACAAUUGGGCGGAUACUCAGUGUUCAUUACUCAAUUCCUGAUUAUGUCCGAAUAUCCUUGGAAUGUAAACAUCUUCUAUCUCGAAUAUUUGUGGCAAACCCUGAAAAGAGAAUAACUAUCCCAGAAAUUAAAAACCAUCCAUGGUUCUUAAGAAACUUGCCUAUAGAACUUAUGGAAGGAGAGAGCUAUCAGAGCACUGAUGUUAAUAACCCAUCUCAGAGCAUUGAAGAAGUGGUUUCUAUGAUACAAGAGGCAAGCAAAGCUGUUGAGGCUCCCAAGCUUGGUGGGGAUUUAAUGGGAGGGAGUAUGGAUCUUGAUGAUCUGGAUAUUGAUGCAGAUAUUGAAGAUAUAGAAACUAGUGGUGACUUUGUCUGCUCUUUAUAAAAUAAAAAAUAUAUAUUAUUAUGUAGAUAAACACAACUUAUUAUAUUGGAUUUUUGCCACCAUUGUCACACACAUCACAUAUUCUUCUUUGUUGUACAAUGUACACUUGGCUUUGGGGAAUUGAGGGAUUCCCUUUUUCUCUAUGAUCUUUUCUUUUUCUUUU